AUGGCACGAUGGACUUUGAAAACCGCCCCCAAGUUCACUGCAUUUAAUCAGAGAUUUUUGUGGAUACUAAGUAUUUAUAUCAUAAACGUUGGUUUGGAAAUGUCAGCUGCAGUACAUAUUGGUGAACUUGCAUUUUUAAAGAUGGUUUUACAUGCUGCCAAGCAUCCAGAGAGUUCUGUCAAUGGUAUUCUUUUAAGUGAUCAAAACUGUGAUUCACAAAUAAUCAUUACUGACUAUAUUCCGCUAUUUCACAGUGUCAUAAAUUUGACACCAAUGCUGGAAACAGCUUUGUAUCAUGUAGACUCAUAUUGUGCAGCUAAAGGUCUUCAAAUAUGUGGUUAUUUCCAAGCAAAUGAAUACAUUAAUUGCAAUACCCCAACAAGUAUUGCAUGCAAAAUUGGUGAGAAGUUAGCUGAAAAAUUUGGCAACGUUUGUUUAUUGACUUUUAAAAAUGAUGCUUUGCAUCGGUUAACUGGAAACUACUUUACAGUAUUUUGCAAAUCAGAUUGGAAGUGGAAUGAUACAAAGUACACAUUUAAUCCAAAUGUUAAUAAAAAGUUAAAAGAAAUUCUACAUUUAAAAGUUCACCGUCAAAUUGUUGAUUUUGAUGAUCAUUUGAAUGAUGUUAAUUGUGAUUUUCUUAAUUUACAAUUAUCGAAAUCGUUAUGUGUAUAA